UUUCACGGCCGACGCUUUACGGCACUGACCGGCAAAAAGUACGGACACAUCUCGGGCUUAGAUCCCGCGGGACCCGGAUUUUACAUCAAUGAUCGCGCCGUUAGGUUAGAUAAGUCGGACGCAGAGCUCGUCAUAAUUAGCCACUCGUCAAGUCGUUUACUGCAAUCUGAUAUUGAUAAAUUUAAUGUGAUGGAUGUUGGUGGAUUCAUUGGCAUUCAAGGCUCAAUGGGCCAUUAUGAUUUUUAUUUUCAGGGUGGCGAAAAACAACCUGGUUGUGAAUUUCUAACCGAAGAGUCUAAGAAAACAAUGAGAUCCAACUUCACGUGGUCGGUUAUUGAGAGAAUAUUUUGCAGCCACAAUAAAGUGACCAAGUAUCUAUUGGCCAAUCAGUUACUCACCGAUGAAAACAGUUGCCAAAUGAUUGCCUAUCAGUGCGACAGUUAUCGGGACUUUUUGAACGGCAAUUGUAGCGAUUGUGGGCCCGAAGGACACAAAUGUCGGCCAAUAGAGUUUGAGCCCAAGUAUUGGUCCAAAAGACACAAAAGUGUUGACCCAUUGAAGACAUAUCCCAAUAAUUUGUACAUUAAAGUCAAGGCAGAGGAACCUUAUUGUGUGUUUCACUACCAGAUUGUGGUCACAACCGCUGGUCAAUCAUCUGGC